AUGACGGUAAAUCCAGAUAUCCUAGUGCUAUUAUUCACUACAACAGCUGGAGCGAGCGAGGACCAACUGGGAUCCGACGAAAAGGAACUUGUACAAUUGGUUUGGCAGGUCGUAAAUUUGACAACCAAAGAGACGGGCCCAGUGAACGAAAUCCUGGUCAAACCGGAUCAUGUUGAGCUUACGGAAGAAUGUGGCAAGGUGAGCGGACUGACUGAAGAGGCCGUUGCUGCCGGUCAUACACUGGAUGAUGCACUCAACGAGUUUAAUCAGAGGUUGUGUGCGGAGUUGGACACGGCGUCGAAGAAUUCGUUCUGUCUUUGCACUGAUGGCCAGCUACACGUGCGUCAGGUCAUACAUCCAGAAGCAUCGAACAAGAAUGCAGUGCUUCCGGAGUGCUUCUUCUCAUUUUUUGAUCUGCGGAAAGAAUUCCACAAAGCCCUUCCAUCAGCUGCCGAACCGAAGGCUUUAAAUUUGGAAUUCAUGGCAGACUACUUGAAAGUUACUGCGGAUUCCUCCGUUCACGCUUUCACAGCACUGAAAGUCCAACAGAUGUCAAGAAUUGUCCUAGCACUCAUUUCUGAGCCUUUCUGUCACAAGUUCUCCUGUCCCGAGAAAGUGAACGACAGAUUUGAAACUGGCACUUGCAGUAAAAUGGAGCGUGUGGACGAUAACACAGUGAUUCGAGCACGGGGUCUUCCCUGGCAGUCCUCGGAUCAGGAUAUUGCUCGUUUCUUCAGGGGCCUCAACAUCGCCAAAGGGGGUGCAGCUCUGUGUCUCAAUGCCCAGGGGAGGAGGAACGGUGAGGCGCUGGUUCGCUUUGAGAGUGAAGAACACAGGGAUCUGGCACUGCAGAGACACAAACACCACAUGGGCACCAGAUACAUCGAGGUUUAUAAGGCAACAGGAGAAGACUUUCUGAAGAUAGCAGGAGGCACCUCUAACGAAGUGGCUCAUUUCCUGUCGAGGGAGAACCAGGUGAUCGUGCGCAUGCGAGGCCUGCCCUUCACCGCCACGGCCGAGCAGGUGCUGCAGUUCUUCUCGCCCACGUGCCCGGUGACGGACGGGAGCGACGGGAUCCUCUUCGUGCGCUUCCCGGACGGACGGCCCACCGGCGACGCCUUCGUGCUCUUCUCCUGCGAGGAGCAUGCUCAGAACGCCCUGAAGAAGCACAAGGACACCCUGGGCAAGAGAUACAUCGAGCUCUUCAAGAGCACCGCGGCCGAAGUGCAACAGGUAUUAAACAGGUACUCCUCCGCCCCCUUGAUUCCCAUCGCCCCCUCCCCCAUCCUGCCAGCCGUCCCCCAGCCCACGUUUGUCCCUCCGUCUGGGCUCAGGGACUGCAUUCGCCUGAGGGGACUGCCCUACGACGCUACCAUUCAGGACAUCCUGCUUUUCCUGGGAGAGUUCAGCGCAGACAUCAAACAACACGGAGUCCACAUGGUGCUCAAUCAGCAGGGUCGACCGUCGGGCGACGCCUUCAUCCAGAUGCGUUCGCCAGAGCGGGCGUUCCUGGCAGCCCAGCGCUGUCACAAACGGGGAAUGAAGGAGCGCUACGUGGAGGUUUUCCAGUGUUCGGUGCAGGAAAUGAGUAUUGUGCUAAUGGGGGGAACGCUAAACAGAAGUGGGAUCUCUCCACCGCCAUGUAAGUUAAGACGUCUCUCACCUCCUUCCUACUCCUUCCCCGCUGGUGGGGGAGUUCUGCCGGCGGGGGCUGCUGUUUACCCCUCCCCGUUCGUUCUGAACCCUCGUCCCUUACAGCCCCCGACAGCGUUUUACCCAGCCAGCACUCAGCUCUACAUGAACUAUACAACUUACUACCCAAGCCCUCCCGGAUCACCCCCUAACAUGGGCUACUACUCCACUGGCCACGCCCCCUCUACGGGCUCGGUGAUCUCAACCCCGCCCACGACCCUCAUCAGAAUGCCAAGCCACGCCCCCAGCCACACUUACAACGGUGGGGUCAAAGAGAUCCUCAACAUGGUCCAAGGCUACCAGUACCCAUCUGAAGACCUCCUGAUUCACACCCACGACCAAAGCCGUGGUGUGCACGCACACCCUAAAGAAUGGGUGUGUAUUUAA